AUGGCCCCGCCGUCCCUUUCUCCCGGCCCCUCCACUGCACUUGACGGCCCCGCCGUCCCCUCUGCCGGCCCCGCCGCUGCACCCGACGGCCCCGCCGUCCUCUCUGCCGGCCCCGCCGCUGCUUCAGACGGCCCCGCCGCUGCACCUGACGGCCCCACCGUCCCCUCCGACGGCCCCGCCGCUGCACCUGACGGCCCCGCCGUCCGGUCUGACGGCCCCGCCACUGCACCUAUCAGCCCCGCCACUACCCCUGACGGCCCCGCCACUGCAUCUCCCGGCCCCGCAGCUGCAUCUCCCGGCCCCGCCGCCCCAGCAACUGCGCCGCCCCAGCAGCCGAGCCGCCCCAGCACCCAAGCCGCCCCAGCAGCCGAGCCGCCCCAGCAGCCGAGCCGCCCCAGCAGCCGAGCCGCCCGGGCCGCCCGAGCCGCCCGAGCCGCCAAGCCGCCCGAGCCGCCCAGCCGCCGAGCCGCCCGAGCCGCCCGAGCCGCCCGAGCUGCCUGCACUGCCCUUGUCCUCACCUUCGACGCUGAGGGCAGGGCCAUAGACUUUGACGUGUGGGUAGACGACCUGCUGCUUUUCCUACAGUCCGACAGAGCUGACGGCCUCUCUCUCUUUGAUCUCACUUCAGGUGCCUCUCCCGCCCCUGCUGCUACUGAGGAUGCCACUGUUCGCUCAGUGUGGGCCACACGCGAUGCUGCUGCACGUCUUGCUGUGCGUCGCCACCUCCCUCCCUCUGAGCGUGCACACUUUGGGUCGUACAAGAGUGCUCAGACCUUGUACGACGCUGUUAUUGCACGCUACUCCACCCCUGCCACUGCUGCACUGAGCCGCCUCAUGCUACCGUACCUCUUUCCCGACCUUGCUUCUUUUGCCACAGUCGCCGACCUCAUUACCCACCUGCGCACUAGUGACGCUCGCUUCCGCGCUGCGCUUCCUGCUGAGUUCUGCGCCAAGAACCCCCCCCCCAAGUACUUCACUCUCUACUACAUUGUCACCCGCCUCCCUGACUCCCUCCGCGGAGUCAGGGACGACUUACUCUCAGUCUGCCCCACCACUCUCACUGUUACCAUCCUCGAGAAGUCCCUCCUAGCAGCCGAGAAGAGCAUUCUCGCUGUAGGGGCCUCUCGUGGUGACCCGCGCACCCCCAUCUUUGAGGGGUGUUCCCCCUCCCCCCUCUUGCCCUCUGUCGCCUCUGCUGCUACGGCCGACCUUGUUGGUUUUGAGUCGGUCGGUGCGGCGUCUGCCCCCAGUGGGAGACGUCGCUCUGGCAAGGGCAAAGGGGGCAGGAGCGGUGGUGGAGGCGGCGGGGGCGGUGGGAGCGGCGGUGGAGGCAGCGGAGGAGGUGGGGGUGGUAGCGGGAGUGGUGUCGGGAGAGGAGGUGUCAGCGGCAGCAGUGGAGGCAGGGGUGGCAGCGGCGGUGGUGGUGGGAGUGGAGGUGGAGGCGGCGGUGGCGGCAGCGACGGUGGGAGUGGCGGUGGCAGUGGAGGUGGUGGCGGCGGCGGCGAAGGAGGCGGCGGCGGAGGAGGUCGUGGCUCGUCGCAGAGGAGUGGCUCCGGUGGCGCUCAGCGCCAACAGCAGCGGCAGCAGCGUGGUCAGGAGACCCUCUCCCCGCAGCAGCUCCAUGAGUGGUACGCUGCACGUCAGAGGGGUGGGGGUACUGGUCCGUGCACCUACGUCUUGCGCACGGGCGACCGUGCGGGUGAGCCGUGUGGUGGUCCACACCCCGCCCAGCGCUGCUUCGGCCGCCUGACUAACGCUUGGCGCCGCCAGUUUCCUGACGCCUCUGAGAUCCCUCGUUGGGACCAGCUGUCUAGGGCAGGAGUAGCUAUCUUUGAUCUUGACUUUGAUGCUAUUCUUGCUGCCAUGUAUGCUGUGACUAUUAGUGAGGAGGGUGACUGUUACCGGUGUUUCCCGCCCGACCCGGGCAUUGGUACUGCGGCUCUAGGUGCUGCUGAGGCUGCUGCUCCAAGUGCUGGUGAGGCUGUCGCUCUAGGUGCCAGUGAGUCUAUGUCCUCAGGUGCUGGUGAGUCUGCUCUCUCAGGUACUGUGUCGGCUCCGCCCUCUCUCACCUUCACUCUUAACUCAGGGGCGUCUCGCUCCUUCUUUCGAGACCGCACCACACUCAUGCCGCUUAGUCGGCCAGUGGCGGUCUCCCUGGCGGACCCCUCUGGGGGUCCUGUUCUGGCUCGCUACUCUACUGUCCUGCCAUGCCCUGCGGUCCCGUCUGGCGCCCUGUCCGGUCUCUACCUCCCCUCGUUCUCUACGAACUUGGUGGCGGGUGCUGACCUACAGGAUGCAGGGGUCGACCAGUUCACCCCUGCACGCCGACGGGACACCCACUGCACGGACGCGGACACAGGUAGCUGCGUCGGGUCAGGUGUUUGCUGCAGCGUCCAGGUCUGGUCCUGA